AUGAGGAGGGGAGCAAAAUCAGUAACGGUGGACUGGAAACAACAAAAGGCGACGGUGUACGGAUUUGUGGAUGCGAAAAAGGUGUUGAAGAAGGCAAAGUCGACGGGGAAGAAGUGUGAGCCGUGGCCAUAUGUUCCGUACGGACUCAUUGCUCAUCCUUAUGCUAGUGGCGUCUACGAUAAGAAGGCCCCGGCCAAUCACGUGCGUGGAACCGAUGAGCCCGGGGUCGGCACCCUCAACCCGGUCGAGGAGAAGUAUGCUCUCAUGUUUAGUGAUGAUAACCCCAACGCUUGCACAAUCAUGUAG